CAAUCUAAGAUCUGUCUCCCCGAUCAUCCCAUUCUCUCCCACUCCCACUGUUAAAGCGAUGCUAUGGAUUUUACUCUUUCUCUCAGUUUCUCUCUCUAUCACUAUCUCUCUCACGCGUUGUCAAUGGGCGCAUUCAGCAGUUAAUCACAUCUGCGAUCGGGUUCAGCAGUGAUUUGGUAAUCGAUCACAAGGUUUAUCUUUCAAAAAGCAAUUUAUGUUGGCAUUGAUAGCCGAUUUUGAGGACAUUUUACUGGGAGGGGAUCAGUAAAUAAUUAGAUAGUAAUAGUCAUAGUCAUCAUAAUAGUCAUAAAUUAAAAAUUCCUAUAUCAAAUCGCAAUCAAAUAUUUGACAUUUUAAUUUGAUAAUAAGUUUAGUCAAGCCAGGUACUUUUAAAUCAAAAGAAUACUAUUUAAUAAUGACAGAAAUUAGUUAAUGUUGCCUUAUUUUGUUUUAUGUGAUUACAAUUUGUACAUUUCCCAAUCAAAAUAAAGCGAGGAAAGAACAAUGACAAUUGCUGAGUGGGCUGCCAGAUUCAAUUUGUACAUUCUUCGUAAUUUAGCUGCAGCUAUAUUUAGGUGUCUAAAAACGAUAUAAACGAAUUUGUUGUGAAAAAAAUAACGAAAUAUUAUUUACUUAGUUGGGUAAUUAGCAAAAUUCUAAAGUUAAGACCAUGUUCUUAGGAAUAAAAUGAAAAUAAAAGGUAAAAAAAGAUAUUCAUAGAAAGAUAUAUUAGAAAUAUUAUUUAUAGAAAAUUAAAUCAGGUUUUAUUAUCCUAAAAAUGUUUUCCCGAAAAUGGUAAUAAAUAAAUCAGAUUCUAGUCUUUAUAGUUCCAUCAUAAAUAACAUAUUUCAUAUCGAAAUUAGCAAUAACCUGCUGAAUGCGCCCAUUCGAUUUAUCUACGACAUUUGACAAACAAACAAGGCCUACGUUUCAAGUCGAACAAGAUCGCACAGACAUUCGAAAAAAACACACACACACAGCACGCACAUACAGACAAAUCACAGGUAUACUGAGACUGAGUUACCUGGAGAACCUGCUGAAUUAUUGAGCAGUGUUUUUUGGCGAACACGCAGCACACUGACAAUGAAAUUGUAAAUGGUCAUGGAAAUGAACGUAGAACCCGGCGUCUAAUUGGCUCCAAGAGUUGUACAUUUCGCUUAUCGUUUCUGCUUUGUUUACUAUUUGGUUUUUUUUUGUUGUUACCGGCGAUACACGCACUCACCCACAACCCACUAAAAAGAACUUAAGGCGGUGUCUCUUUGUAAACCAGGUGUGUGUUUGCAUACGAAUUUCGACAGCGAUUCGGGGGAAAAAUAAAUACCAACCGCCAGCUGACACCUUCUGUUUUUCGUUCACCUUUAUCAGUUGCACUUAUUUAUAUAUCUGAAGUGGAUGCAUUUUGUUUAUUCUGAAGGAAGUCAAGCGGUUGGAAAGACCAAGCAAACUCGUUCCAUUUGACAGUGCAAUUUAUUAUUAACAUUAACCAGAUUUGUACUUGUGUAUGCCCAAAAAAGGGAGGCACUUUCCAUCUCAAUCGGACUCAGUAGCAACGACUUGUUUGGAUUCCCUUAUAUUACAUAAUCUUAACUUAAAAUGGGAAGUACAUUUUUUCUGAGGUAUUCAUAUUUUAAUUUUCUUUCUAAUGUUCUAAGCAACAUCCUCUCUAUAUACCAUAUGUUUUCUAUAAAAUCAUUCACUAAACGAUGGCGAAAACUGUCUUGUUUAAUCAAAAAAGUCUGUUUUAAUAAUCUGUUUAUUUGCUCAACAAGUUGUAUUUUAUGUGCCCAUUUCUCUGCUUGUAUAAAUAUUUAAUCACCUUUGAAUUUGCUAAAAAUAAUAAAACUUUUACGCAAACAUUAUUCAAAAUUAGAAAGUUCUCGUUACAACCAGAUACUCUUGAUUCAUUUAAACUUUGAAGGCAAUCAUUUUAAAAAACCUGUUUAGAAAUAAUAAUGGUAUUUAAUAUAAUAUGAAUCGAUUUAUUUGAUUCUGAGAUUAUGUGCAACAAAAUUAAAAAUUCCAUUCGCUCUUCUUAUCGACAUGGAUCGAAAGUUGAUAGGAAAAUUGUAUUUCCAUAUAAACAUAGUUACUGUUGAUUACUUUGCCCACUUUUCCCGCCCAAAAAACACAAGUACAAAUGUCCCAAUCCGCCUUACUGGCGAUGCAAUGCCUCCUCCUGUUGUUGGCUGCCCAUUGUGAUGGACAAAACAAGGCGCCUGAAAAGAACCUUUACAUAACAGGCAAUUUCUAUCAGAAUGUGGUGUCCAUUAGGACGCGAAAACACAUUCGGAAUUGGGGUGACAACCACUUUUGUGCCGGCUCCAUUCUGUCCAAAAGGUGGGUCGUUACCUCCGGUUGCUGUGUUAGCACCAUGCCGGCGAGCACACCAAAAAGGUCCAGUAAUCGGAAAAAUAUGAGAGUGGUUGUCUUUACCCACAAACGAUUGAGAAAGCCAUUGAAGGAAAAUGUAUUUACCGUGGAUAAGGUGGUGCUGGAUGAAGAAAAUGGUGAUGGAUGCUCUAAGUUGGCUCUGUUAAAGCUGGAUCGUGUCAUUUCCGGUCAAAGGUUCGCCUUAAAACUGCCUCUGAAUAAGAAAAACAGCACAUGGCUUUGCAGGACAAUCGGCUGGGGCAGGAUGUACUAUGAAGGACCCUACUCCAACGAGCUUCUCCAGCUUAGGGCAGAAGAGAUUCCAACAUCGACUUGCAAGUCGGACUGCAGUACCUGCCUGUGCAUGGCCAGCUAUACUGGUAGAGGCAAUAUGUGCCAGUUGGAUCAGGGCAGUCCACUCUUUUGCGGUACAGUUUUAUAUGGCGUAGCGCGAGGGGUCACUUGCGAGGAUGAAAACUAUAUGGUGUACACUAGUAUCUAUCAUCACCGUAAGUUCAUCGAAAAAACCUUGACUUCGGCAAGCUUGCAGAGAGGGUCUAAACUUUCGGUGAUGAUCUGGUUGUUAACCUGGUUUUUUGCUGGUUCGAUCAAGGAUCUAUCAUAUAGUAUUGUGUUGCUACUUGAAAAUUUAAAAAGAAUUUGAAAGUUUACUACAAUGUAUCAAUAUUUUGAGAAUGAUUCACAAUUUACUAGUCCAAAUAUCUUCCGAUCUUUGGUAAACCCAUUAAAGCCAUUGCCUGCUAAAGUGUCAAAACUUAAAAUAUCUAAUAAAUAAAGUCAACAAAUUGAGUUACGCUCCUACACAGACUUGUGCCCGAGUAUAUUGACCCACAAUAUGGUUUCUGAGAGAUGUGGAGCAUUGUGUCCCUGAUCGUCUGUGGGUUUCUGCUGAGCCACAAGUGGUUUUUCGGCCUGCUGAUUGGAUCUUGAAUCACUAGUUUAAGUUCAGGGCCUUCCGUGCAGUGUCCGUUUGUGUCGUAUGUGCGUGUGUUUAAUCACUCGAAUUGUCUUCCCCAUUCAUCAGUCUGUGAUCGCUGAUCGAUUGCCAAAAGCAGCGGCAGCAGUAGACGCCGCCUCCUCGUUCGGCCCGAACACCCCUUUUCACAACAUCCCCUUGUUACUUCUUGUUUUCCUGUAGUUUUUGGCUUCGCCUCUUUCAGUUCUUCCACCUGUCUGUUAGUCUGUUGUCUAGCUCUCUUUCCGUUUCUAUUUCUCACCCACUCUCUCUUUAAACGCUUUCAUUGAAAUGGUUGUUUUUUACAGUGCAACUUCACUAACACGAAAUUUUGAUGGUUGAAUUUGAUUACUAAAAAAUGUAUAUAAAAGUAGAAAUCUUUGAAUUAGCUAUGAAUUUU